AUGGGAAAGGCGAAGCAUCAGGUCACAGCCGACGGGCGCUGCAAGCGCGAGCGCAAGAAAGAUGCAACACGGGAGGAGGUGAUCGAAUCCUGGAGAUGCGACCAGUGCAACUUCGAAAAUGAUGCCUCCUUACCCUUCUGCGAGAUGUGUGGUGCGUCGCGCAAAGAUCGCGAAGAGGACAGCGAAGGCGACGACAUUGCGGAAUGGUCCUGCAACGUCUGCUCUUUCAAGAACAUUGGGCUUUUGCCUUACUGUGAAGUUUGCGAGGCACCUCGAUCUGGCGGCGACUCCUCAGCGGCUGCAUCUGCGGAGGCUGAGUGGGAGUGCCCGCUUUGCUCCUUCCGCAACCCGAGCCAUCGGACUGCGUGUGCGAUGUGCAACGCCCCACGCCCGGCGGCAGCACGGGCUACGCCCGCAACGGGUAGCAGUGCGUCGCAGCCUGCUCCAGCAGAGCCCGCAGAAGAAGAAGAGCCGGCCCCCUGCACAGAUGAGGAGCGCCGGCUGCUGAUGUCCAUGGGUUGGAACCCCGAAGAUGGGGAUGAAGAAGAGGGGCUGGAGGACUGGGAGAUCGAUGCCGCUCAAGAGAAUCUCAUCGGACGGGUGCAAGCGAGGGCAGACCGCGAAGGUUUGCGAGAACGAGCCCAGCGGGAAUUCGAAGCCUGGAAGGCCCAGUGA